CAAGCCAGCAGUUCUCACUACCCUAUAGCCAUGACAGUCAUCCUGCUGCUCCUGCUAAGCAGCCUCACACCAUUCACGACGGCCGCCUAUGUAUUCUGCGACAAUCUUAAUGUUGUCGCCGCCACCCUCCCCAACAAAACUGCCUCUUCUCCGGUACACUUCGCCACCGCCACCUUUGGCAAAGCCCCGGAUGUCGUCUACGCGCUCGCGAUCUGCCGUGGCGACAUGCUCAACCACUCCGCCUGCGCUGAGUGCGUCGCCGACAAGUUCAACAGAAUGCAGAAUGCUACGCCACCAGAGGAGCUCCCCUGCUACAAGAUCAACUCCUACUACCUCGACUGCAUCGUCGGCUACAGCGAGGAUGACAUCCUAGCGGCACCCCCAGAUACCGUCGACCCCUUCGAGAGGUGGAAUUAUAAGAACUUCACCGGCGAUGUGCCCCUCAUUACCGGCCUCACCAACGAUCUGCUGGUGGAGACCAUGGUGAAGGCAGCCAGCAUGACGCCAAGGCGGUUCGCCACAGGCGUCAUGGACAGCGGCACCACCUUUCCGAUGGUGUACUCCCUGGCGCAGUGCACGCCGGACCUCUCAUCAAGUGAUUGUCUGGUGUGCCUACGUGGCCUCCUCAAUAUGGUCAACUCCACCAUGGCCCUGCGCAUGGGAGGACAGAUGGGUGUCAUACGGUGUUAUUUCAGGUAUGAAGCGUCUCAUUUCUACGACAGCCAACCCAUGAUAAGUCUUGGUCCACCCGCUCCAGCUCCGAUCACGACGAAGCACAAGAGGCGUAUGAGCAAGCUGUGGGUAAUUCCCAUAGUUUUAGUACCUCUAGCAGCAGCAGCAUUUCUCUGCUUCAUCUUACACUUUCGUCGCCUCACAAACCAACGGAAAGGCAAAGUGAUGAGAUUACAACGAUCAAGGCGUUCCAAUGAUUUGGAAGGAGAGGAGCAACUAGUAUGGCAAGGGAAUAAUUCAGAGUUUUCGAUGUUCGACUUCGAACAACUAAUGGAGGCCACAAAUAGUUUUUCAGCAGAAAACAAACUUGGACAAGGUGGAUUUGGUUCUGUCUACAAGGGCCUAUUACCCGGCGGAUUGGAUAUAGCAGUCAAGAGGCUUGCUUCAGAUUCAGGACAAGGUUUCAUAGAGUUCAGAAAUGAAGUCCAUCUUAUAGCCAAAUUCCAACACAGAAAUUUGGUUAGGCUCUUUGGAUGUUGCUCUGAAGAAGAGGAGAAAAUCUUGGUUUAUGAAUACUUGCCGAACAAAAGCCUAGACUUCUUCAUCUUCGAUAAAAAUAGAAGAGCUUUACUGGAAUGGUCCAAAAUUGUGGAAAUAAUUGAAGGAAUAGCACAUGGACUUCUCUACUUGCAUAAGCACUCCCGCUUGUGUGUCAUACACCGAGACCUCAAACCAGGCAACAUACUAUUAGACAGUGAAAUGAAUCCAAAAAUUUCAGACUUUGGGCUUGCAAAAAUAUUCAGCUCAAAUAACACGGAAGGAAACACUACAAGAAGAGUUGUUGGUACAUACGGCUACAUGGCACCUGAAUAUGCUUCGGAUGGCGUCUUCUCUGCUAAAUCCGAUGUCUUCAGUUUUGGUGUAGUUCUUUUUGAGAUCCUUAGCGGAAAAAGGAACUCUGGUAGCCAACAAUGCGGAGAUUUUAUCAAUCUCCUUGGAUAUGCAUGGCAAUUAUGGCGAGAGGAAAGGUGGAUUGAUCUCAUUGAUGGAUCACUUUUUCCAAACAGUCACUCUACGAAGAUGAUGAGGUGCAUUAACAUAGCACUGUUGUGUGUCCAAGAGAAUGCAGUCGAUCGACCAACCAUGGCAGAUGUUGUUGCAAUGCUAAACAAUGAUAACAGGAUCAUGGCCGAGCCAAAGCAUCCAGCAUAUUUUAAUAUAAGGGUUGGGAAUGAAGAGACAUCCGGUGCAGCUGAAUCAUGCAGUAUUAAUAAUAUUACGAUGUCUGUUUCAGUUCCUAGAUAGAUCUAGGUUUCCUCGUUUCAUGUGCUUUUUGCUAUCCCAAUCUUGUAUUCAUGAUACCCUAACCAUUCUAUAAUGUGUAAACUUAAGUGUUGUUACAGAUAUGAGAUUAUGUACUUCGAGAAGUAUAAAAAACGCUUCCCAGUAGGAUUAAUAUAGAAUUUGUUAUUUUUACUUUA